AAUUUGAAAUAGGAAAUGAAUUGCUUAAUGUAGGCGUAAACGAAGUUUUGAAAAAUCGUUUUGUGGUAUUCAUGUGGAAUACUUUACUAUCCCACUUGGAAUAGCAUGUUUUUGAAAAGAAAAACAACUGAUUUGAAAUUUAAUCAAAUUAUAAUGUAACUUCACUUUUGAGAAGAUGUGAUCAAGAUACUUGGGAUAUUUCCGAAAGAGAGCUUCUUCAUUGGAAUCUGCACCUUCUUCAUUGUCGUGCCACAUUUACAUACAAAUAAGAAAGAAAUCACACGUUUACAAAAAAAAAUGACACAAAACCUGUUCAAAAUGAGCCAUCAAAGACACACUCAGCCUAUUUUAUCCUUCCUUUUACUCAGUUUAUUCACCGAAUCGCUCCUGGCGCAGAUCCCCUACCCUGUUCUAACAACCAAAUCAUAUCACGUCGACAAGACCGGCCUCAUAGAGGAAUUUUUCAAAGGUAGCAAAUAUCUCAUGAUCUGCGCAACAGCCAAAUUCGGAAAAAGCGUCAAUCUGGAUAUGCUCAAGCACUUCGUUCAACUCGAAAUCAACGAAACGACGGGAAUUCCAUUAAAUAAAACCGAAUCCUCGGGGUAUCGUCUCUUUACAAACACCUCGUUAAACCUCAGUAUUACCCGAAACGAAGACCUAAUCCGAGACCAUCUGGGCGAAUACCCGACAGUAGUAUUGGAUUUCGCAACCAGAAAGAUAAAUUACACAUCGGAUACUUUCGAUCACAUGUUAGACAUAAUUCGAACCGAUAUCAUGGAAUGCUUCAAACCUUACCAAUGGCUAUGUGAUGAGCUGGAAAGAAGACACGGUAAAGAAGAAAAUACCACCAAAAAAGCCCAACUUCGGCUUAUGCAGAACGCCUUGACUAAAAAUCUAACCGUCGAGGAAACACGAACGAGUGUUUACAACCUGACAGAAAUCCUCACCGAGUACUUCGAUAAUAAAACCGUCAUGGUAUUCGUCGACGAAAUUGUCAAAUUACCCGACGACUCUUCUAACAUUAAUCCAAAAUCCAGGAGUUUAUUCGCAGCCAACGACUUUAUCGGUUCCAUUUUGCAUCAUGUAAUGAAAAAGUAUUCAAAUACCACGCAUUUAGCUCGAGUAUUCCUCACUGCUAGGAGUAGAGAUAGCCUAGACGCGAUAAAAAAUCCUUACCUUAAAAAGACAGUCAGAAUAAUGCCGUUUGCAAAGGAGCAUCCUUACAAUAGCUAUUACGGAUUCAGUGAAUACGAAGUGACAAAAUUAUGCGAUCGUCACGAUAUCACCCCCGAACAGAGGAAAGUACUGAAAGAGAUUCACACGGGAGAACAGUAUCCCAAGGGUAAGAAUUACGUAAAAAUAUACAAUCCGGAUUCAAUAAUGAAAUUUUUGAAAAGAUUCGCAAAACCUGAAAUACUCAGCAAUGAUACGAUGCCAGAUUCGUGUUGAUCCUGAAAUAGAGAAAUGGCGCGGUACUGAUGAUUCGUUUUAGAAAUAAUUUUAAUUUAUUGUAAAUACGUAGGUAUAGGUCCAAGUUUGAAUAAAGUAUCGAUUUUUUUCCA